UUUUACAUCCUACUGUUGCUGUAUCAUGUUCAAUAGGCGAGGAACAUGGCGGAUAGUAUGGGCGCCCUGUAGUCGCGUGAGGAGAGGAGGGGUGACGCUCGAGAGAUAGAAAGUGAAACGAGAAGGAAGGAGAAGCACACGCUCCAGAUGGCGUUCAUGUCCCGGUUCUCCCGGUCCCGGAGCAGCUCGAGAUCUCCCAACAGGAAAGAUUCGGAGCGCGGGUCCCCGGUGCUAACAGUGUCUGAGCUGGAACGGCUCCUCUACACUGGGAAAACAGCGUGUAACCAUGCCGACGAAGUCUGGCCCAGGCUCUACAUUGGAGACCAAGAAAUUGCAUCAGACCGGCGUGAGCUGGCACGACUUGGCAUCACCCACAUCCUGAACUGUGCCCAGAGUAAGUGGCGCGGCGGAGCAGAGUACUACGCUGGCAUGGACAUCACCUACCAGGGCAUCGAGGCCCACGACACGCCCUCCUUCGACAUGAGUGUCAACUUCUACCCCGCUGCAGAGUUCAUACACAGAGCCCUCGGCAGCGGUGGUAAGGUGCUGGUGCACUGUGCGGUGGGUGUGAGUCGUUCAGCCACGCUGGUCCUGGCCUACCUGAUGAUCCGUCAGAACCUGACCCUGGUGGAGGCCAUCAAGGCAGUGAAGAACCACCGUGGCGUAAUCCCCAACCGGGGCUUCCUACGCCAGCUCAACGGCCUGGACGGCAUCCUCCGGGACAGCCGCAAGGCUCUACACUCUCCAACCUCUCUUUAGAGCUAACAGGCUAACAACGCUAAAGGCACUACUUUAGAGUUGUAACAAUGCUAACCGUUCUACCGUUCUGGUUAACCAGGAUAAACAAUUUUGUUAACCAGAAAAAUACAUCAGCAACGGGUGUGUCAUUGUCUUGCCCAUGUCUUGAUCUCGUCAUGAAAAAGGCGUCUUUACCUGGUUGAAACAGAAACCAAUUGGUCGGAAUCUGGUUUUAUGACAUCUUCACAACCAGAAAAAAAGUUUACAACCAGAAAUGGAUGUAUUUCAAACGUCAUGCGGAAUUUUCUUCCUGCUGUGUGGUAGUGUGACAAUAGUUGUCUGUUUCCCUUUUUAUCUUUGGAUAAAAGCGCCUGCAAAAAAAAAUCUAAAUUACAGUUAGUUUCUAAUCCUGGGUCUUGACUAACAGUCCCAGGUAUUGUGGUCAAUUAUACAGUACUAACUAUAUGGUAGAAUUAAGUAUCAAUGGGAUAUAAAUCAUGCCUUAUAUAGAAGUAACUUCAGCCUAUACAGUGCAGUAGCGACAUUUUGAUGACAUGUACAAUCAUAUCAUUCCCAAAUGGCCAUUCCAAGACAUUUAAAUGUUUUCCCUUAAACCACUCGAGUGUUGCUUUAGCAGUACGCUUAGGAUCAUUGUCCUGCUGGAAGGUGAAACUUCCAUCACAGUCUCCAAUCUCUGGAAGACUGAAACAGGUUUCCCUCAAGAAUUUGCCUGUUUUUAGCCCCAUCCAUCAUUCCUUCAAUUCUGACCAUUUUCCCAGUCCCUGUCGAUAAAUGUUUUUAAAAAAAACAUCCCCACAGCAUGAUGAUGCUGCCACCACCAUGGUGGCAUCAUGCUGGGGAUGGUGUUCUCGUGAGUGCAUUACGCACUCAAGCCAUCAUCAGUACGCACACUUGCCUUCCCCCCGUCACGCGCAUCAGCGAUCAUUGGACUCACGUGUACUCAAUUACUUGUGUCAUUACCUUCCCUAUAUCUGUCUGUUCCCAAGCUCUGUUCCCUGCUUCGGGAUUAAUUGUCUCAUGUCCGUUUUACCCGUGUUCUGAUGCUGUUCCUGUCUUGUUUCCUUGUCUGUUUCCGAAUAAAUGUCUGACUUCCCGUACCUGCUUCUCCUGUCCGGCGUCGGUCUUUACAGAAUCCUGAAGCCAUCACACGAAGCAUCAGGGAUUACUGGCGUUCCGGUUGGUGGUGACGUCGGUCCUAGGUAGCCGCUGAUGGAACCGGGGGUGCCUAGCCAGCUCGUCAGGCUUUCACACCCUAGCUGGUGUAACGGAUGUGAAAUGGCUAGCUAGUUAGCGGGUACGCGCUAAUAGCGUUUCAAUCAGUUACGUCACUUGCUCUGAAACCUAGAAGUAGUGUUUCCCCUUGCUCUGCAAGGGCCGCGGCUUUUGUGGAGCGAUGGGUAACGACGCUUCGUGGGUGACUGUUGUUGAUGUGUGCAGAGGGUCCCUGGUUCGCGUCGGGGCGAGGGGACGUACUAAAGUUAUACUGUUACACUGGCUCGAGAGGUUUCCUUGCCCCGGUUGGCUCGGAAGCUGCCCCUCAGCCGGAUCUUCAGGUCUUAUUCGCCCAGCCAGCUCGUCAGACUGUUAUGUCUCCGCCGGAUCAUCAGGCUUCCACGCUGCAGCGGGAUCGACAGGCGUUCAUGCCUCCGCCGGAUCGUCAGGCUCCUUUGCCUCACCCGGCUCGCCAGGCUCCCACGCCCCUGCCGGUUCGUGGGGAGUUUACCCCCAGCCGGCUUGCCCAGCGCUCAUGUCUCGGCCGGCUCGCCUAGGUGGGACGCCGGGUGGCGCCCCUAGGGGGGGGGAGCUGUCACGCCUGCUCCCGCUCUUCCUCCCCCUGGCGCUCAAGGGUGCCAGGAUCCCCAGCAUUACGCACUCAAGCCACCAUCAGUACGCACACCUGCCUUGUCAUGCGCAUCAGCGAUCAUUGGACUCACGUGGACUCAAUUACUUCUGUCAUUAUCUUCCCUAUAUCUGUCUGUUCCCAAGCUUUGUUCCCUGCUUCGGGAUUAAUUGUCUCCUGUCCGUUUUACCCAUGUUCUGAUGCUGUUCCUGUCUUGUUUCCUUGUCUGUUCCCGAAUAAAUGUCUGACUCCUUGUACCUGCUUCUCCUGUCCGGCGUCGGUCUUUACAGACAUAGCGUUUUCCUUGAUGGACAAAAAGCUAAAUUUUAGUCUCAUCUGACCAGAGUACCUUCUUCCAUAUUUUUGGGGAGUCUCCCACAUCCCACAUGCCUUUAACGUGUUCGCUUAUUUUUUUCUUUAAGCAAUGGCUUUUUUCUGGCCACUCUUACGUAAAGCGCAGCUCUGUGGCGUGUACGGCUUAAUGUGGUCCUGUGGACAGAUACUCCAAUCUCCGCUGUGGAGCUUUGCAGCUCCUUCAGGGUUAUCUUUGGUCUCUUUGUUGCAUCUCUGAUUAAUGCCCUCCUUGCUUUGUCCGUGAGUUUUGGUGGACGGCCCUCUCUUGGCAGGUUUGUUGUGGUGCCAUAUUCAUUCCAUUUUUUAGUAAUGGAUUUAAUGAUGCUCCUUGGGAUGUUCAAAGUUUCAGAUAUUUUUUUAUAACCCAACCCUGAUCUGUACUUCUCCACAACUUUGUCCCUGACCUGUUUGGAGAGCUCCUUGGUCUUCAUGGUGCUGCUUGCUUGGUGGUGCCCCUUGUUUAGUGGUGUUGCAGACUCUGGGGCCUUUCAGAACAGGUGUAUAUAUACUGAGAUCAUGUGACAGAUCAUGUGACACUUAGAUUGCACACAAGUGGACUUUAUUUAACUAAUUAUGUGACUUCUGAAGGUAAUUGGUUACACCAGAUCUUAUUUUGGGGCGUCAUAGCAAAAGGGUUGAAUACAUAUGCACGCCCUGAUUAUUUUGCUGUGACAAUACAAGUCAAAUUAAAAUCCUACAUCUGUAGCUA